UUGUGGAAGCGGUAAGUAUCCUCAACGGAUAAAUUUUCCACAACCCGACAAGCCCUCGCAUCGAUCCAUCGAGCACCUUCCCCGAUCGCUUUCCCCAGUUUUCGUCGCUCCAACAAAGAUGGAAAUGGAAAGGACGAGGCUUCGAGAUCGAAAGCAAGACUAUGGAAUCGUCGACCUCUGAUCGUCUCAUCCUUCCUCUUCCUUGCGAUCCGAAUCGUCGUCGUCCGAUUCAAUAGACUGCGUUCUCACCUCCGAUCGCGAUCUCGAUGGCGUGGUUUCGCGCAGCGUCGGGGGUGGCCCGCAUCGCCCUCCGUCGAAACCUAGCUCGAGGGCCUCUCCACCGCGGCGCUAGGGCUGGAUGGGGUUACCCGCUCCAGCCAGCGCGCUGCUUCCACUCGACCCACCUCCGGCGGCAGGCGCCCCACCCCCGCCCCGUGCCGCUCUCGCGCCUCUCCGACAGCUUCCUAGAUGGAACCAGUAGCGUUUACCUGGAGGAGCUGCAGAGGGCCUGGGAAGCUGACCCAAGCAGCGUGGACGAGUCAUGGGAUAAUUUCUUCCGUAACUUCGUCGGUCAGGCCGCAACUUCCCCGGGGAUCUCAGGCCAGACCAUCCAAGAGAGCAUGAGGCUGCUUCUCCUCGUCAGGGCUUACCAGGUUAAUGGCCACAUGAAGGCCAAGCUCGAUCCACUAGGUUUGGAGGAGCGCGGGACCGUCGAUGACUUGGAUCUGGCCCUCUAUGGCUUCAGUGAAGCGGAUUUGGACAGAGAGUUCUUCCUCGGAGUGUGGAAGAUGUCGGGGUUCCUGUCGGAGAAUCGCCCUGUCCAGACUCUUCGCUCCAUCCUGGAAAGGCUCGAGCAGGCUUAUUGUGGUACUGUCGGCUACGAGUACAUGCACAUUCCAGACCGCGAGAAGUGCAAUUGGCUGAGGGAAAGGAUUGAGACCGUUAAUCCUAGGGAGUACACCCGGGAGCGUCGCGCCGUCAUCCUUGAUCGGCUUACUUGGAGUACACUGUUUGAGAAUUUCUUGGCCACAAAGUGGAAGGCUGCAAAAAGGUUUGGACUUGAAGGUGGAGAGACUCUGAUUCCAGGUAUGAAAGAGAUGUUUGACAGAGCUGCCGACUUGGGGGUGGAGAGCAUUGUGAUUGGGAUGCCUCACAGAGGAAGAUUGAAUGUUCUCGGAAAUGUAGUUAGAAAGCCUCUGCGGCAGAUUUUCAGUGAAUUCAGUGGUGGUACUAAACCUGUGGAAGAGGGAGAAGGGCUGUAUACAGGUACUGGGGAUGUGAAGUAUCAUUUAGGUACUUCGUAUGAUAGGCCCACAAGAGGUGGAAAAAGGAUCCACUUAUCGUUGGUUGCGAAUCCAAGUCAUCUUGAAGCAGUUGAUCCUCUUGUGGUCGGGAAGACGAGGGCAAAACAAUAUUAUUCUCACGAUAUUGAAAGGACCAAAAAUAUGGGAAUUUUGAUCCACGGUGAUGGAAGCUUUGCAGGUCAAGGUGUGGUGUAUGAGACAUUGCAUUUAAGUGCUCUCCCCAACUACACAACGGGCGGGACAAUUCAUUUGGUUGUCAACAAUCAAGUUGCAUUCACAACUGAUCCAAAAUCUGGGAGGUCUUCACAGUACUGCACUGAUGUUGCUAAAGCUUUAGACGCCCCAAUAUUCCAUGUGAAUGGUGAUGAUGUUGAGGCAGUCGUGCAUGUGUGUGAGCUUGCAGCUGAAUGGCGCCAGACAUUCCAUUCAGAUGUGGUUGUUGAUUUAGUCUGCUAUCGCAGGUUUGGCCAUAAUGAGAUUGAUGAGCCCUCUUUCACACAGCCAAAAAUGUAUCAGGUUAUUCAAAAUCAUCCAAGUUCGCUUUCACUAUAUCAAAAGCAACUCCUGGAAUCAGGACAGAUCUCUAAAGAGGAUAUUGAAAGGACACAAAGCAAAGUUACUAAUAUCCUGGAAGAAGAAUUCGUUAACAGCAAAGAUUAUGUCCCCAAAAGAAGGGAUUGGCUUUCUGCUUAUUGGGCCGGUUUUAAAUCACCAGAACAAAUUUCACGUAUACGGAAUACUGGUGUCAAGCCAGAAAUCCUCAAACGUGUUGGACAAGCCAUUACUACUCUUCCUGAGAACUUCAAGCCUCACAAAGCAAUCAAGAGAAUUUUUCAGCAGCGAGCUGAGAUGAUUGAAACUGGGGAAGGUAUUGAUUGGGCACUUGCUGAAGCUCUCGCUUUUGCAACCCUUAUAGUGGAAGGUAACCAUGUCAGAUUGAGUGGACAAGAUGUAGAAAGAGGGACCUUUAGUCAUAGGCAUUCUGUGGUUCAUGAUCAAGAGACUGGAGAGCAGUACUGCCCUCUGGAUCAUAUCAUCAUGAACCAAGAUGAGGAAAUGUUCACAGUUAGCAACAGCUCACUUUCAGAGUUUGGUGUCCUUGGCUUUGAAUUGGGCUACUCUAUGGAGAAUCCUAAUUCAUUGGUUCUUUGGGAAGCACAGUUUGGUGAUUUUGCAAAUGGAGCUCAAGUAAUUUUUGAUCAGUUUUUGAGUAGUGGAGAAGCAAAGUGGCUGCGCCAAACAGGGCUUGUUUGUUUGCUUCCACAUGGUUACGAUGGUCAAGGUCCAGAGCAUUCAAGUGGGAGAGUAGAACGCUUUCUCCAGAUGAGUGAUGACAACCCGUAUGUGAUACCAGAGAUGGAUCCGACGCUAAGGAAACAGAUCCAAGAAUGCAAUUGGCAAGUUGUUAAUGUGACAACUCCUGCAAAUUAUUUUCAUGUUCUGAGACGCCAGUUACACAGAGAUUUCAGAAAACCUUUAAUUGUGAUGUCUCCUAAAAAUCUUCUCCGUCACAAGGAUUGCAAGUCACAUCUAUCUGAAUUUGAUGAUGUCUUGGGCCACCCUGGGUUCGAUAAGCAGGGAACACGGUUCAAACGUCUUAUAAAAGAUCAAAAUGACCAUAGAGAGAUUGAGGAGGGUAUUAAUCGUCUAAUUUUAUGCUCUGGAAAGGUGUACUAUGAAUUGGAUGAAGCACGGAAAAAAAAGGAACGCAGUGAUGUCGCAAUUUGUAGAGUUGAACAACUAUCACCUUUCCCAUAUGACCUCAUCCAGCGGGAGCUGAAAAGAUAUCCAAAUGCAGAGAUUGUUUGGUGCCAAGAAGAGCCAAUGAACAUGGGUGCCUAUUUCUACAUCAACCCUCGUCUUUACACGGCUAUGAAAGCGCUAGGACGAGGCAACAUAGAGGACGUCAAAUAUGUGGGAAGGGCACCUUCCGCAGCCACAGCAACUGGCUUCUCAUCCGUUCAUGUGCAAGAGCAAAAUGAGAUAUUGCACAAGGCAAUGCAGCUAGAACCAAUUAAAUUUACUUCCCAUGCCACAUAGAAAUUUCUUAUGUUUUGAAAUAAUCCCCCGUGUCAUGUAAGAAAGAUGAUCUCAGAGACUGACUGGUCUCACUACUUCAGUAAUAAUCGUUUAGCACCAUGGAUUGGUUUGUAUGAGGUGCUAUUUCCAAUACCUUGAAGGAGAAAUAUGUAUAUUGCAUAUCUUGUAUUGGAUUAUGGAUCUUUUUCGUCGCAA